GACAACCAAAUUUAAGCUACGUUCCGUUCCUCAGCUCGGCUCACAUGCCAUCCGUUCUAUAACUAUAACUACACCUGUCUUCUCCAAUAUAUUUCAUUACUCCUCCAAUUUCAAAUCUGAUCAUACAAUGGGAAUGAGUUCUGGUCGUACAGAUUCCGGUAAGAUGAAGCUGAGGAGGAAGAUCAGGACGCGGCGGAAGAGAGGCGUUUGUGGCGGCGGCCGCGUUGAAAUGAAGGUGAAGAAGCUACAGAGAAUAAUUCCGGGCGGAGAAGGGUUGCAACCGGAGCGGCUGUUCUUACGGACGGCGGAUUAUAUAAUGCAGUUGCGGUCGCAAGUAAAUAUAUUGCAAGCUCUUUCUGAUAUUUAUAAUAAUACUCCUGAAGCUUGAAGCAAUGCACAUCUUUUUUUUUUAUAUGUGUAUUAUCUGGUACAUUAAUUUCUUUGCUUAAUUAUAAUUUAUAUAAAUACAUACAACUUUCUUUAAUA